ACGAAACUGUAGAACCAGUCGAAUUUUCUGACCCAACACAAACACAGUUUCACUUUCACUCCUUUCUCCUACAACCUCGCCGGAGAAACCGAGCUUCCCUUCAAUCUGUAAUAGUCUGUAAAUCUCUCAUUUAUUCACAUAAACUCUAACUUCAACUCUAAUUCCUAUCUGGGUCGCCUUCUUUUUCUUCUCUAGUCCAACAUUUCUGAUCAAAAUCCAAACUUUAUUGAUUCCUGUUGCUGCUUUAUUGGCUCCUAUUGUGUUGAACUGUGAUUCAAUCCAACUCUCUUCUGGGUUUGUUGCUUUUGGUUUACUGGUCCAACAUUUGUGAUCAAAAUCGAAACUUUAAUGAUUCUUAUUGGUGCUUUGACUGCUUUCUGGGUUUUUGAGUUUAACAAUUGUAGAAAUAUAGCUGCAUAAAAUUGAUGUCUGUGCUUGAUAAAGAGAUAUCAAGCAGUAGUAGAGAUUGUGGGGAUGAUGAUGGUGAGGAGGAGGAGGAUGAAAAUGGUGCCGGGGUCAAUGAGAGAUGCAGAUGCAAAGCCAAGGAUGGAAAGAAGCAGAGUAGUGGGAUUGGGUUUACAAGGAAUUUGGGGAAGGCCAAACAGGUUGUACUGUCUCCAUUCACAAAAGCCAAGAAGCAAUUGCCUAGAAGACACAGGGCUGCUGCUCCUUCCUGUUCACCGUUUGCUUCAGGUUUGUUUCAAGAAUGUAUGCCAAACAAGCCCUAGACAACGGAUGGUAAACCAAGAUUGGUUAGCAGUUCAUGUCUCUUCACUUGGGAAUUCUGAUUCCGAAGUUUUGUUGUUAGGCUAUGGUUCAGAAUCAAAGCCUGUUAAUGAUUCAAUAUCUAUGGACAACCGCUUGCAGUGUUACAUUUUUGGUAAAUAUAUGCAGUACUACAUUGCUACUACAUUGCUUUGUGGACAAGUUGAAUUGUUUGUUUAAUGUCCUAUAGUUAUCUCUAAUGCAAAUUUUUGGCGCAAGUAUGUGCUGCAAUGUUGUAGUCCACAUUUACAUAUGAAAGAUGAAAA